GUUUUACUUAUUCCAUUGCAAUUGAAUUAUAAUUGAUUGCCACUCGCGAAAACAUCUUUUUCGAUCGCAUUGUCGUAGCCGUCGCCGUCAUUAUUAACAUCACUAUCAUCAUAUACGUUUCCCUAAUUUGAUUAUUCUGCAUUUAAUUUCGGUAUGCGCAACGAUAGAACGCCAAAGUUACCGUGAUACUGCUUGAGGUAGUUUAUGAGGGCUUGCUCUAUUCGCGUUUGAGGUUUAUUUUGAUUGAGCUACACACGAGACGUUUUAAAAUUCGAAAACAGUUCCGCGUGUUUUUUGUUGUGUUCCUAUAUCCGCGAAAGGAACUGAAUAAAUUAUCACUUAACGGAACGGUUGUUCCGUUUAGAGGUGAAGAAUCGGAACGCUAAUGGCACGCUUCGGAACAAAAGGACUUGUUUGUACAAUGAAGAACAAAAUGUUUCCUUUUCGAAAUCCACAAAGGAACUGUUGGUCCUAAUUGAUGCAAUUAGGAACAACAGUUCCUUUUUUGACGCGUUCCCAAUUGAGGACCACCACUCAAAAAGAACAAAAGUUCCUGUUUGCUACGGUUAAUAGACUUAAAAGGGAACGCCUGUUCCUAAGUGGUUAAAAGUAUAGGAACAGUGGGACCGAUUUGGCCUAAAUGGUGCCGUUUCUUUGCGAAAAGGAACAACAAAAGGGCCACAAUGGACCGAAGUGGGGUGUUCCCUUUUUCGAAAACAUGAACAAAAGUUCCGCAUCUAUGGUUUUGUUUCUCAAUCUCAAAAGAUAUGAUCUUUCAAAGCGAUGCCUAGACUCGCACAAGCUGUGCAAAAGCAAGGGCAUGCCGAGGCUUGCUUGGGCAUGCCAUUUUGGUUUAUCGUGCCCAACCAAUAGACUGCUGCCACUAUUUCGAGGCUGUCGCGUGGCAGUGAUUGAUUGGCUCUUUUCACUUAUUUGAUAGCAUUAAACAUGCGGUACGCCGCAUACGUUUCUCAUUCUCGCAUUAACCGUUGCUGACAAGAGAUGGUAAAGCAGGGUAAUGUGAUAAACUGGUCGCUUCUUCCAAAUGCUGCGAAGAAACCAAAAAGAAUGCACUUAGAAGAAGACGAAAAUGACGGGCUGUUUCAUUGCCCUGUACCAGACUGCCAUAACGAUGGGUUUGGAACUCAAAGAGGGUGUAGAAAACACGUCAAGAAAAAGCACCCAUGGUUUUAUUACUUUGAUGAGAAACCCAGCGACUCAGACAUCGAAGCUUCCCGAAGCCAAAUGGAAAAGGAGAAGGGGCAACGACGUUCAAGUAAUGGCGUCCCAUCGUUUGACAUGUCUUGCACGUUUGCUGAGCAAUUUACCGCGUGGCUCAAGGGCAGUGGUGGGGGCUGCAAAAGUGAUCGACAAGCGCAGCAACUGGUUAGCAAAUGCUUGAAGUUUCUGAAAUUUUGCAGCGAGGACGAGGAUCAUCUCACAUUAGAUAUUGUGGACUUUUGCUUGUGUUCGCCUAAUCUACUUUUCAAAUUUGCCGAUUCAAUGCAGAGCGAGUGGCAGUUGGGUCAUGCCGGUCGAAUCGGAUACCUGGACGCCAUUGCAGAACUAGUGACCUACAGGAAAGUAAACGGAGUAUCGGAAGCGGUGCUUAGAGGGCUGUCUACGACGGACACAUACUUGAAAAAGGUGCGUAAGACCGUCUCAAAAAUGAUGCGACUACAGUGGACUAGCGAUUUAGACAUCGAUGUGCUAGAGGCCAAAGGGCACUGGGCAACCAUGGACGAGCUCCUUGGUGUGGUGUCUCGCUACUUGCCCCGCUACGAGGCCGUGCUGAGAACGUGCAAGGACACGCCCGACAGGGCGUCUCCGUUUGAUCUGUCGUUUGCCACUAAAUUUCUCGCCGUUUAUCUGUUUAUCCAAGUCAAGGGCUCGCGGCCAAUGACGUAUCAGUAUCUGACUGUGGACAUGGUGCGCACUGCCAAGACUAACGGAGGUUUUGUCGACCAGAAAAUGUUCAAAACAGCGGGCAAGUACGGCUUCGACUCGCUCCUUCUGACCGACACAAACAUGAGUGUGCUCGAGGGAUACAUAACCUACAUUCGCCCGCUACUCAAACCCAAGUGUGAGUACGUCCUAGUUACGAGAAACGGGGGUCAGCACAACAAGCUCGGUGAGCUGAUGAGCAAACUUGUGUUUGAAGCGACUGGCAAGUAUGUUCACCCCACACGAUACCGACAAAUCGUCGAGACGUCUAGCUGCAAAGUGCUAAAAAGUGCCGAUCGAAGCGCCAUCUCUGAAGAUCAGAAGCACAGCUCGAACGUCGCCAAAGUGCACUAUCGCAAGCAGCGUUCACGCGAAGUCGCCACAAAGGCGCGCGAAUGCCUCGAAAAACUACACGGCGACAGUGGCACCAAGCUGGACAAAGAGGUUCUAACGAGGCUCUCCGACCUUUCAAACUCUUCAGAGGAUCAAGACGACUGCACGAAGUCGUGCUCUUCAACGGACGAAGUUCAAGAAAUCUCCACACCGCCAGCAGCGAGAAUGAAGCCUUCAGCCCGAAAACUACCGGCAAAGCAGAAGCGCGAAGACGCUUUUUUGAUGACAGAACUGUGCCCGGCUCGCAGAAAAUCGCUCCUAUUUACGCCCGAAGAGGACAAGUAUCUUAAAGUUGGUCUCAAAAGAUACGGGUUCGGACAGUGGACUUCGAUCUUAAGAGACCCCGACUUCCAUUUCCAAAAAGGGAGGAGCCCCAACUCGUUGCUCAAUCGAGCAAACAGAAAAUACGGCACCAUGGAUAACCACUUAGUGGACAGGAAAGGCUAGGUGGGACAUGAUGUACUUACAGUCAUUCUAAUUUUGGCGUUUCGACAUGUUUCUUUGUAUUUAGUAAAACUGAAUGUAUCACGCCACAAGAUCGGACUAACAAGCGUCUUACAAAGUGUGCAUUAAAUUUGGCUGAGAAAACCGUUCAGUCUUGUUUGCCCUUUGUCUGUCGGUUGCGGUUUACGAAACUUGAGUCGGUUGCGUCGUCCCUUGGGUGUCUGGGUGAGGGAACGGCGCUUGGCCGGUGUAGUGAAUGCCAUCAAUUCUAUCCCUGGUGAUUCCCAUCUGUUUGGUUUUGGGCUCCAUGAUGGGGUCUUUGGUAUCUAAAAAAGCGUGAAAGGCUCGAAUAAUUUGAUCAGCAAAAAGGUAACAAAAACACAUGUUUACCUCUGGCAUAUCGUCACUUGAGCCUUGGCGAGGAGGGGUGUGUGUCUGGGAUGGACAUCCGCUGUCUCGAACCAAAGAAUCUUGGUCUCUGUCUGCCUCAUCGUCGCAGCUUGGUAGCGGAUCCCAUAAGUUUAGCUACAAAUGCGCACAUCGUUGGUCGAGGAGCCCCCAGCUGAUUCACGCCUUCCGUCUUUCCUCAAUCGCCGUCUCGCAAGCCAGAGUUCGAGUGUUGGUAUGCUGACUUUUGAGCUUGUCGCUAACAAGUUGCACAAACGCUUUAGCGCUUUUCAACGCCUCGUUCUCCGAGAUUGAUUGCAAUCUCGACGAACAUCGGUGCAGCUCAGUCUCAGUCGCUCGCACCCAAUGGCUCUCGAAUGCCGCUCUUGCCAUGACUUUCCUUUUCUCAGCCUCAGACUUCUGGUGAUCCUCUCUAAUCCGGCCUAGUUCCACGAUUAUUUCCUCGGGCAUUGCAUCUUCGGGGUCUUCCGGUAAUAAUUCCAGCAAGUUGUGUGGAACUCCCAGAUCCACCAGCCUUUACUUCGGCUUUUCAGCAUUUUAGAUUUACGGGCCUUGUUUAGUUGCUGGUGCAAACUCCUCUCUCCUUUCAUCUUCUCUAGUAAAAUGUUGAGCUGUCGCUUUCGCAUGCUGAAUGGCCGGCAGUUGCGAUACUCAGCUUGUUGAACGUCUCUGCGUCACUGCCAGAAUAGUUAUCCUCGUCUCCAUCUAAAAAGGUAAUCUGGCAUGCAACCCAGUAGGAAAUCGCAGGAUAUAUUUGCUUCCCCGGCGUAGAAACUUGAGAUGCAACGACCGUCUCCUCGUCAUCUCGUCCUGACUCUUCGUUUGCUGCCUG